AUGCCCCUUCGCCCGGCCGCACACGCCCUCCCGUCCACCGCCACCUCAGUCACACCUGAUGCCCGGCCCCUGUGCGGAUCUGAGUUCGCGUCCCUGAUCAAGAGAUCGCAUCCAAACCCGUUCCCCUGUCUGGUAUGCCUGUUCCCUACAAAGAACCACGGGCUGAACAUGACCUCUUCACCCUGCAGCCCGCACCUGGAGUUGGGGGACAGGGGACUUAACCCAGCCCCUCAGAGACCCACGGCAAGCGUCCCCGAGCUGCCCUAA